AUGAAAGCUAUAAAUCGUUCCUUCUACCACACAAUCGACGCUAAGUCCUAUCAUGACAGGCCCAGCUGUCUCGUCUGCGGCUUUGUCUUUGCGAACGGGACCAGCGAGGACGAUCAUUACAGUUACGUGGAUACGAGAUACUAUGUAGGAAGUAACCUCUGUCGCGCUGAGCUUCUAGAGGAUUGGAGACCUUCUGAGAAGAAAAGAUGGGGGAAGAAAACAUGGUGGAACACUUCCCGCGCAGUUCUAUACCGCCCUGCAACAGGCACCUGCCGACUUUCUGGGGUCAUCAUGCAUCCUCUGACAACCGGAUUGAUUCCAAUGAACGAGACAGAUGGAUAUAUUUGCGGUAGUUGGUUGGGCUGGUUAUCCCCCAAAGAACGACAAGCUUUCGUACUUCCGGACAUUCUAUGCCCAACCCAGGAGCCGGAGCCCGACGUUGAGUGGGUGGCUUACUUUGUUCACUCUCGCUGCUGGGAGCUACUUACUCACCACGACUUGGGGACGAUUGCGGAGAAGGAUUUGGGCAUAGUUCUCGACGCUCUCCGAGACAGACAUAAGACUCUCCGAGGCAGACGGUCCCCCCAGGUCCGACAUUCGAUGACGCUGACCUUGAAUCUCUACCAGAUCCUGUUCGUACAAAAUGCGUUACAGGAGCCAUUUGUCUAG